AGGAAAUAUUUUUUUUAUAUAUAAAAUAAAAUUAGAUUCUGUGUUGAUUUUUCUAAUUUGAGCUCAGGAGAUUUAUGUAUAAAUUUAGCAUCACCUAAGUGACAGUUCAAUUUCCCAAAGGAAAAUUACACGAAAAAAAAUAUUUCGUAAAGGAAACCUACUAAAUUGUGUUCGUUUAGCGUUGGAAUCGGAAAUUCUAGAAAAUUUGUGUUUUCUUAUGAGUUCUGCUUUGAAGGAUGCCACACGUAUUGGAGGUGGAGGAAUCGUCAGAAAUUACUUUUAGCUAAAAAUUAACUCUAAAAUAGCAAUGUUGAGUUUACAAACUCUUACCACCAAUACGGAAUUGAAUUAUUCACGAUGCGUGGAAAUUAGAGUUUUUUGCAAGAUUGCUACAAGAUCAUAGAACUAUGGAAGUAGGAUAAUAAAAGGAUUACAAAUAUUACCCCGGGAUGAUUAGUGUAGUUGUUCAACUUUUUAGAAAAGAUUUCUCGAAAAUUUCAAUGCUGUCACCCCUCACUGAAGGAAUAGACUCGUCCAGCUCGCCCAAACAAGAACGGAUUAUUUCACAAAAAGGGAAGGUAGCUCCUCUCGUCUACGAAGCUCAAGAGUAAUUCGUUGGUUUAAGGUAGCACGUGAUCUCACUACGUCACUUCCAGGAUAAAACCCCGCCCCCUCGUUUAUGCCUGGAUAUAAAUAUAAGAAUAUGAAUAUGUACGACGCUUCGGACGAGGGGGAGGGGGAUGGACAGACAGGAGAGAAUGGGGGCUCCCGUCUCCGGCAAAAAGCCCGCAACAUGAUCGGGGCCACGGGGAGCCGCCACAUCAACCAGCGGCGCCGGGCCAGCCUGGCAUCCGGUACCCCCCUGCCCCUGUCCCUAGUCCACAACCUGGAGCAGGUGGCCGAGGGGGACGAGAGCAGGAUGGGGGCGGUGGCCCGCAGGCGAGUCGUGGAUACAUCCGACCUGCGCACGUGCGCUAUACUCCAGUCCAGGCUGAAGGAGCUGAAGACGUAUCCGGAGUGA